AUGACUGCGCUGAGGAAGAGCCGCGAGGCCAAUAUGGCUUCCUGCACCUGGUGACGGUUGAAGAAACGGUGUUAGGUCUCAUGGAGAAGACUCGGGGCGUCGAGGAGACUCCAUCUUCAGAACCUAUGGAAGAGGAAGAGGAAGAGGACGACGACUUGGAGCUCUUUGGUGGCUAUGACAGUUUCCGGAGCUAUAACAGCAGCGCAGGCAGCGAGAGCAGCUCCUACCUCGAGGAGUCAAGUGAAGCAGAAAAUGAAGAUCGGGAAGCAGGGGAGCUGCCCACCUCCCCCCUGCAUUUGCUCAGCCCUGGGACUCCCCGCUCCUUGGAUGGCAGUGGUUCUGAGCCAGCUGUCUGUGAGAUGUGUGGUAUCGUGGGUACAAGGGAAGCCUUCUUCUCCAAGACUAAGAGAUUCUGCAGUGUUUCCUGUUCCAGGAGCUACUCCUCCAACUCCAAGAAAGCCAGUAUCUUGGCCAGAUUACAGGGAAAACCGCCGACCAAGAAAGCCAAAGUCCUGCACAAGGCAGCCUGGUCUGCCAAAAUCGGAGCCUUCCUCCACUCACAAGGGACAGGACAGCUAGCAGACGGGACACCGACAGGGCAAGACGCGCUUGUCCUGGGUUUCGACUGGGGGAAGUUCCUGAAGGAUCACAGUUACAAAGCUGCUCCCGUCAGCUGUUUUAAGCAUGUCCCACUCUAUGACCAGUGGGAGGAUGUGAUGAAGGGGAUGAAAGUGGAGGUGCUCAACAGCGACGCGGUGCUCCCCAGCCGGGUGUACUGGAUCGCGUCCGUCAUCCAGGCUGCAGGGUACCGGGUACUGCUCCGGUAUGAAGGCUUUGAAAAUGACGCCAGCCAUGACUUCUGGUGCAACCUUGGGACAGUGGACGUCCACCCCAUUGGCUGGUGUGCCAUCAACAGCAAGAUCCUGGUGCCCCCACGGACCAUCCAUGCCAAGUUCACCGACUGGAAGGGGUACCUCAUGAAGCGCUUGGUGGGCUCCAGGACGCUUCCCGUGGAUUUCCAUAUCAAGAUGGUGGAGAGCAUGAAGUACCCCUUCCGGCAAGGCAUGCGGCUGGAGGUGGUGGACAAGUCCCAGGUGUCCCGGACCCGCAUGGCCGUGGUGGACACAGUAAUCGGGGGUCGCCUUCGGCUCCUCUAUGAAGAUGGCGACAGUGAUGACGACUUCUGGUGCCACAUGUGGAGCCCCCUGAUCCACCCAGUAGGCUGGUCGCGGCGAGUCGGCCACGGCAUCAAGCUGUCAGAGAGGCGCAGUGACAUGGCCCACCAUCCCACCUUCCGGAAGAUCUACUGUGACGCUGUUCCUUACCUGUUCAAGAAGGUUCGAGCUGUCUACACGGAAGGUGGUUGGUUUGAGGAGGGGAUGAAACUGGAAGCCAUUGACCCCCUGAAUCUGGGCAACAUCUGCGUGGCAACCAUCUGCAAGGUUCUCCUCGACGGCUACCUGAUGAUCUGCGUGGAUGGGGGGCCCUCCACAGAUGGCUCGGACUGGUUCUGUUACCAUGCCUCCUCCCACGCCAUCUUCCCAGCCACCUUCUGCCAAAAGAAUGACAUUGAGCUCACGCCCCCGAAAGGCUACGAGGCACACACUUUCAGCUGGGACACCUACUUAGAGAAGACCAAGUCGAAAGCAGCUCCAUCGAGACUCUUUAACAUGGACUGCCCCAACCAUGGCUUCAAGGUGGGCAUGAAGCUGGAGGCCGUGGACCUGAUGGAGCCCCGGCUCAUCUGCGUGGCCACGGUGAAGCGGGUGGUGCACAGGCUCCUCAGCAUCCACUUCGACGGCUGGGACAGCGAGUACGACCAGUGGGUGGACUGUGAGUCCCCGGACAUCUACCCCGUGGGCUGGUGUGAGCUCACCGGCUACCAGCUCCAGCCACCUGUGGCCGCAGAGCCAACCACACCUCUGAAGGCCAAAGAGGCCACAAAAAAGAAAAAGAAACAGUUUGGGAAGAAAAGGAAAAGAAUACCACCGACCAAGACCCGGCCUCUCAGACAGGGUUCCAAGAAGCCCCUGCUGGAGGGUGACCUGCAGGCCGCAGAGAAGAUCGGGUCAGAUCCUGCUCCAGAAGAGAUCGUCACCGUGCGCGUGAAGGAGGAGCAUCUAGACACGGCCGCGCCCGACAAAGCCCCAAGUCCGGCGCUGCCUGUCCCCAUCGAGAGCAUCAAACAGGAGACGGACGACUGAGCCUCCCCACCACCAGCCCCGGGCUCCUCGGGGGCCGCCGCCCUUCCCCUGCGGCUCUAGUCUGGAGAUGGAGCCUUUCUGCCUGAGUUCUGCCAGGAGCUCUGACGGCCAGCCCCAGGGACUCACGCCCUCCGGCCCGCAGUAACCUCCCGCACACCCACAUACCCCUCAGCUGCCAGGGGGCAGAGGGCCGCCCCAGUCACGCUGGAAGACGAGUCCGUGAAGCGUGUACGCGUGUGUCCUACAAGUCCCGUAAUGCACGCCUGGAGCCGCGCCCUGGAGGGGAGGCUGGUGGCGAGCCGUGUGGGUGCCUGAGAGCAGCCUCUGCCCUCUGGGCUUGGCGCUCUGCUCCUGCCAGUACCCGGGGGAGGCCAGGGAACCUGGCCUGGUGCAGGCAGCUAAGCACCAGUGACCAGGAGGCAGGUUCUGGUGACUCGUGAGGUGGCCUUAACCUGUUUUCUCUGUUGGCAAGAGGACUGCCCCCGAUCUCCUAAACAGAACAGUGGCCUAGAGGUGGGGUCUGCUCCGGGCUUGGGGCCCCAUGCCACAUGGGGAGGCCCGGUGGCAGAGGGGGCAGCCGGCCUGGAAGGCAAGCAGCCGUGCUGUGAGGAGGCCCCAGCUGGAAGGGAGAGCAGCCAGCUUUGCGCUUAACCGUUCCAAGCCCGGCUUGGCUUUCACGCCCCCUUCUCACUGUUCCCUGGGGCCAGAUGCAGCGCUGCCCGAGUCCCUGGGCUAGCUCAGGUGGCCCUAAGGGAGCCCUGGAGGGAGGGAGAAGACAAUAGCACCUGCUUCCUGGCCCUCUAUCCCUUCUUGUCCGUUCUCCUUUCUGAAAUUACAUUCUAGAAGCUCCCCUAGUGUCUGCCAAAUUUCAGUUGCUUUUAUUUUUCCCAGUUCGUCUCCUUGGAAACUGUCUCCUCCUUCCGUCUCUUCAUGGACUCUUCCUGGAAGGGAAGGUGGAGGCAGGCUGACCUUUAGUUCUUGUCUUUGAGUAGACGCGCUGCCGGGUGGGUUCCCGUGUCGUCCCUCGAGGGUGCGCAGCUACAUCCUCUGAGCUGGUCCGUCAGGCUGCCGCUGCCCGCGCUUUCUGGGGGCGGUGCUGGUCAUGCGUUUGUUCAGGACCCAGGCUCUUUGGUGUCACCCAGAGAUGGGGUGACCAGCCCGAGGGAGCUGAUUUCCAGUCAUUUCUUCCAGGGAGAACUUGAGCCUCACUCCUUUGCUAAAGGCGCUAGAAAGCUCCACAUGGUAUAGAAACCAGGGCCAGAAAGUGGCCGGUUGGUGCAGCCUGAAUUCCCUCCAAAAGCGACUAGACCUAGAACACAGUUGACGAUUAAGGACAGGGGCCCUGCUUUUACCUGCUGUCGAUCACACACACCCCAGACCCGCCGUGGUGACGGGUCAGUAGCCUCAGACCCCAUGGGAGAAAGAUGUCCUGGGUGUGCAUUUGGGCUCGCAGGGAACCCUUGGAGCUCUCGAAGGCUCCUGCUCCUGGUGGAAGCUAGUGCCUCGUCCCAAUCCACUUGGAGUUUCUGGGGAAACUGGACUCGUACGCCACGGGACCUCCAGUUCCUUCUUCCUGAAUGGAGUGACGCGCCUGCCUGUGCCUGAGAGCUGAGUGUAUUCUCAUCUGUCCCCUCAUGGGAUCAAUUACGGAGGGUGGGUUCACCCACAAGCACAAGGAAUAAACGUCCUCAUUUGA